AUGGAGCAAACAAAAGCCCUCAAUGCUCUAGAACCAUUUCUAGCCCUCACCAAAUCCGCCUCCUCCCCCCGCGCAGCAGCCGACCUAGUCCAGCGCGCGACCUCCGCGCCAAAUACCUACAUAUUCGCCGAGCUACUCAGCAGCCCACAAAUCCAAUCACUCUCUUCCUCUCCAGACCACGCCCCUUUCCUGACUCUCCUGCAAAUCUUCAGCUAUGGCACAUACAAGACUUAUAUAUCCACGCCCAACUUGCCACCUUUGAACACAGCGCAGACGUUGAAGCUUCGCCAACUGUCUUUCCUGACGCUAGCCCGAAGACCAGAGGAAUUGAGUUAUGCAAACCUGAUUGCGGAAUUGGGAUUAGAUGGACCGAGAGAGCUGGAGGAUGUUGUUAUUAGUGCUAUAUAUGCGGGAUUGAUCCAAGCAACGCUUGACCCCUACAACUCCCUAAUCUCAAUCUCCUCCGUCGCUCCUCUCCGCGAUCUCCCACCCUCCAGCACGCCCUCGAUGCUCCUCACGCUCUCAGCCUGGUCAUCACGCUGCAGCACCUCGCUCUCGGACCUCGAAGCCCAGAUCGCUCAGAUCAAGACCGAAGCCAAGCGCCGACAAAAAGAAGAGGCGGAGUGGAACAAGGAAGUCGAAAAGUUGGUCGAGAGUGGAGGUGUAGGUGGAGGAGGAGGUGGCGGCAAGGGUGCGAAGAGCGACGAGAGUGGAGGAGGAGGGGGUUUCUUUGGGGGCCUGGGAAAAAAGCUUGGGGGUGGCAGGAGGGAUGAUGAGGAUGUGGAUAUGGAGGGAGAUGGGGAUGGGGAGAAAGGCGGCAAGAAUCUUAAGAGGAGUUUUGGGCUUUUGGCGUCGGGGUUGUAG